AUGGCUCCCUAUGAGGCAUUGUACGGCCGACCUUGCAGGACCGUGGUAUGUUGGAAUGAAGUCGGAGAAUGGAAAUUAUUGGGUCCAGAAUUACUUCAACAAACAACUGAGAAUGUGAAGCUUAUCAGAAAUAAUCUUAAAGCGGCUCGCGAUAGUCAAAAGAGCUAUGCUAAUAAGCGAAGAAGAGAACUAGAAUUUGAAGUCGGAGAUCGGGUAUUUCUUCGAUUAUCCCCAUGGAAAGGAAUUCUCCGAUUUCGGAGGAAAGGGAAGUUAAGUCCGCGAUACAUCGAACCAUAUGAAAUUGUGGAACGAGUUGAUCCAAUAGCAUAUAAGUUGCAGUUACCUAUGAAGCUAACUCGUAUUCACGAUGUAUUUCAUGUGUCAAUGUUAAGGAAGUAUGUGCUUGAUCCUAUGCACAUACUAGCAGCACAAUCAAUACAACUUAAAGAAGAUUUAUCUUACGAGGAAGAGGCCAUCGAGAUUUUAGACAAGAAAGACCAGGUAGCUGUUUGGAAGAUUAAGCAGGCAACUCACCAUUGUGAGCGAGAGCGAGUUAAGGAAGAGGUGGAUCUCGCUAAGGAUGAAAAUCUCGCUGGUUUUUCGCUGAAUCUCGCUAGAAGUGGCAAAUCUCGCGGGAAAGUGAUAAAUCUCGCUAGAAGUGAUAAAUCUUGCUAG